GGCGCGGCUGCGCAGUGCGGGAGGCGGGGCGGCGGGCCCGGAGCCGAGUCCGGGUUUGUUGUUGUCCCAGCCCCAGCGGGCUCCUCAGUAGCUCCGCCGUCGCUCCUGCGCUGCCAUGUCCAGCCCUGAGGAGCUGCCGCAGCACAACAACAACAACAACCCGCCCGAGGGCACGCAGACCGAGCCGGGCCUCAACAGUUCCUGGGUGGAGCUGCAGAUGAAUGGCAACGGCAACGGCAACGAUAACGGCAACGGGAAAAACGGGGGCCUGGAGCAUGUCCCUUCAUCAUCCUCCAUCCACAAUGGGGACAUGGAGAAGAUCCUUCUGGAUGCCCAGCACGAGUCGGGACAGAGCAGUUCCAGAGGCAGCUCCCACUGUGACAGCCCUUCACCCCAAGAAGAUGGACAGAUAACUUUUGAUGUGGAAAUGCACACAAGUAAAGACAGUAGUUCUCAGUCUGAAGAAGAAGCAGUAGAAGGAGAGAAAGAAUUGGAAGUAUUGAAGAAAAGCACUGACUGGGUGUCAGACUGGUCAAGUAGACCUGAAAACGUCCCUCCCAAGGAGUUUCAUUUCAGACAUCCUAAACGUUCAGUGUCUUUAAGUAUGAGAAAAAGUGGAGCCAUGAAAAAAGGUGGAAUUUUCUCUGCAGAAUUCCUUAAGGUUUUCAUUCCAUCUCUCUUCAUAUCUCAUGUUUUGGCUUUGGGACUGGGCAUCUACAUCGGGAAGCGACUGACCACACCUUCAGCCAGCACUUAUUGAAGGUGGAGUGCAGAACCUGGAAGCCCCUGUGACCCGUGAAGGUGUUGUUGUCUCAUUUAGUACAUGUGACUUGAGACCAUUUUAAGCAUGACCCUGACUUCACCCUUUCCUUACAUAUCCAGGUUGUUGCUAACUCUGGAAUUCAGUAUUGUGUUGGAACUCUGUUGAGGUGUUUUCGCUAUCCACAUUCUUCCCUCUCCUCCCAUCCCCCUGCCUCUUGGCCUGCAGGACACGUCAGAGUUGCUGAACGGAGUUUACAACUAUCUAUAUGUUGCAAGGGCUUCUCUCAAUGCAAAAUGCCACCAGCAAGUUUUCAUUUGAUCAGUGAUGCUGUUGCCUCUUCGGUGCAACCUGACUUCAGUUGCAGUUGUGCGUGGUGUAAACGUUGACCGUAGUAGCAGUCUCCUUAGAAGGAAGUUACUGAUUGAAGUGAAACUUGAGUUUUUCUUUUGGAAAAACAAAGCUGGUUGUGAAAUAAACCCCAAGAAAUCACUGGCAAUAAAGAAAAAAAAGUUUAAAUCAGCUUUUUUUUGGGGGGGGGGGGGAGAGGGGGAGGGGAAGGAAUUUACUUGGCCCCUUCUGUUGGCUAACACUGAUUUGCAGGAGACGAAGGCUGCAUACGUUUUAAAGCAGGAUAACUAAAUCCAUCAGCAUAUUUUAAUGUUAAGUAAUUGUAAUCUUGUCUUUUCUAUGAAGUCUGCCUCCCAUUCCUUGUAGGAAGAAAAACAAACCCCUGAUGCCUAGAAAAUAUUAGAGCAGUUGCAUUGUUUGCAUGUGAAGAAGCUUUUCUUUUCCUUAGCUGUUUUCUUAAGGGGAAAUUUUAAAAUGUGAAAUUUUCCUCCUCCAGUAGUUUGACCUUAAGUUAAAACCCAACAGCUGUAGGUGUAGUUAAGACUGUAGAAAAGGAAUGACUCUGUUGUGGUGGAACCAUUCAGUUGUGCUGAUAGGGCAAGUUCAGAAAGCAGAGCUUUUGACUUCAAGGGGGACAGCCUGGCAGGCACAUCAGGACUGCAGAGCUGCCUUCUGCAGAAGGAGCCUUUGCUGUUCCUCUCCUUGUGUGCUGUACAGUCCCCUCUGGGGGUGUGUGGCACCUGGAAGUCACUUGUGAUGUCUCCUGUUAGGUAGAAUGAUCACUAAUGUCGUUGAACUCUUCUCUUAGGGAACAUUAAACCUUGUCCUCCUUCAGUGACACUUCUCAAAAUGUGAAGCUUUAGUACCAAAUUGUUACGGAGCGUUGGGACAGUCCUGUCCUGAAAGAGAUUUUAUUGGAUUUCAGAACAUGUAGCAUGACUCUGAAGGGUAGAAUACUCUUUUUUAUAUAUAUAUAUAUAUAUGAAUAUAUUAAGAAAAAAAAAAGAUAUAGACUGUAAUACUAAGUAUUUAGGGAACCAAUGCUAAUUUUAAGACUAGCAAAAAAGCUCAUUUAAAUGAAAACUUCAGCAGGCUGACACUUGGGGAAAAGAGGAAAUCUUAGUCAGCUGGCGUGGAGGGAACAGCUACCUGUGAUUGUUUUGCUGGCAUCAGACUUCAUAAAGUUGAUUCUUUAAUAGAGCAGUGACUGCUUGAAACAGUUGAUGCAUAGAAACUGAAUCCCACCUGAGAUUUGGUUGAGAAGAAUUAGCUCCCAGGAAGAAAGAAAGUGAAGUAUCAGCCCCUGCUAAGCUGCGUUUCUAUUUGCUCUCUACUUCUGACUGCUGACAGAGAAUGCUUUCAGGGUGCAAGGGCAGUCUUGACAAGCAAAUUCUCUUGGCACCUGCUUUUUUCUCUCGUGGCUGUGGAUGCUGCUGGCACUUGAGCUGCCUGCCACUGCCUGGUUUUUCCAAGAGUGGAUAUUGGGUUUCACGCAAAGGUGGAACAAGGAGGGGGAUGUGGUGAAAGGUGUUUGACAUAGGACCAAGCACAUGCUUUGACAGCCCUAAAACCAAGGAGGUGGGAGAAAGGCUGAAGCACUUUCAGUUCUAAUUGCAGCAGCCUGUUUUGUAUGCAAAUUGGAGUAGUAGUAGUACUUAAAACAACAGACUCCUUCAAAUUAAAACCUGACAAAGAAUAUUGCAAGCUUCUGGCCAGAGUAUCAACACAGCUUGGAGGAGCUGUGAAAUGACUGAAAGUGCUGAGACCUAGGCAAGGAAUGGAGGUGGUCACUAACACUUGUGGUGAGACAAUACAGUAUUUAUUGCUGCCCUGCUCUAAGCUUGGGAUGAGAGGCUACAACCUCCUAGGUUUACAACGAGCAGAAGGAGAUGGUUGUACUGUUGGAAAAAGGGGUUUCAACUCUUGAUAGUUGAAGUUUUGUUAAGAUAAAUGUUGUUUAAAAAAAAAAAAAAAAGCUUUAUACCUGUUUACAGUUUUGGAAAAUAUAAAUAAAGACAUAAAUAAAUGCAGGCUUCAUUUUUCUUACCUUCAGUGAAAAACUGGCCUAGAACAUUUGUAAAUAGGAUCAAGGAGAGGGAAAAAAAACAAACCCCAAACCAACCAAUGCAUAAACUCGCACAUUAAAGAUGCAGCAGGCUGAGCUGUGAUUGCAGCAGGCUGAGCUGUGAUUGCAGCAGGCUGAGCUGUGAUUGCAGCAGGCUGAGCUGUGAUUGCAGCAGGCUGAGCUGUGAUUGCAGCAGGCUGAGCUCUGACUGCAGCAGGCUGAGCUCUGACUGCAGCAGGCUGAGCUGUGACUGCAGCAGGCUGAGCUGUGAUUGCAGCAGGCUGAGCUGUGAUUGCAGCAGGCUGAGCUGUGAUUGCAGCAGGCUGAGCUCUGGCUGCAGCAGGCUGAGCUCUGGCUGCAGCAGGCUGAGCUCUGGCUGCAGCAGGCUGAGCUCUGGCUGCAGCAGGCUGAGCUCUGGCUGCAGCAGGCUGAGCUCUGGCUGCAGCAGGCUGAGCUCUGACUGCAGCAGGCUGACCUAGAACUGCAGCAGGCUGACCUAGAACUGCAGCAGGCUGACCUAGAACUGCAGCAGGCUGAGCUCUGACUGCAGCAGACAUUUACCUUACUGUUUUAAAGUGGAAGCUGAAGAUUGUUAGAAACUCAACCCUUUUUUAAUUGACAUUUGUUGAGAUAUCGGAGUUAACUGAGCCAAAGUGAUUCUGCAUUCUUCAUCCAUUAGUUAGCACUUUGUAACAUUACAUACAGUUUACAGCUCAUGUAUAAGUUGUAGCUUCUCAGCAUUUUGUGCCAUUAAAGCUCUCACAAAA